CAUGGCUGGGCAGAGGCGGAGGGAAGGCGAAAGCCGAGCGAGGCGUUGAGCCCGGAGCCCGCCUCAGGGUCGGGGUUCCCGAGAGAGGCGGUGGGGAAACGGCUGUGGGGGGGGGCCGCGCCCGGGGAAAGGUCCGUGGCCCCUUCUGGCGCAUUCCUCCUCGGUCCACAGCUCGGGCUCCGGAGAUGCAUCUGCACCAGGUCCUCACCGGGGCUGUCAACCCCGGCGACAACUGCUACUCGGUGGGCAGCGUCGGGGACGUCCCCUUCACGGCAUAUGGUUCAGGCUGUGAUAUUGUUAUUUUGGCAAGUGACUUUGAAUGUGUGCAGAUCAUUCCUGGUGCUAAGCAUGGGAACAUCCAGGUCAGCUGUGUGGAGUGUUCUCAUCAACAAGGACGGGUUGCAGCUUCAUAUGGUAAUGCUGUUUGUAUUUUUGAGCCCCUGGGCAUAAAUUCUCAUAAGAGAAAUAGUCAACUCAAGUGUCAGUGGCUUAAAACUGGGCAGUUUUUUUUGAGUUCUGUGACUUACAACUUAGCUUGGGACCCUCAAGAUAACAGAUUGUUGACAGCAACUGAUUCUAUUCAGUUGUGGGCUCCUCCAGGAGGUGAUAUUCUGGAAGAGGAGGAAGAAAGUGAUAACAAAAUUCCUCCUGUUUUAAAUGACUGGAAGUGCAUCUGGCAGUGCAAAACUUCAGUGUCGGUACAUCUGAUGGAAUGGUCUCCUGAUGGUGAAUAUUUUGCUACUGCUGGAAAGGAUGAUUGUCUUUUGAAAGUGUGGUAUCCUAUGACUGGUUGGAAAUCGUCAAUUAUACCUCAGGAUCAUCAUGAAGUGAAAAAGAGACAGGCCUCUACUCAGUUUUCCUUUGUUUACUUGGCACAUCCUCGAGCAGUGACAGGUUUUUCAUGGCGUAAAACAAGCAAGUAUAUGCCCAGGGGUUCUGUGUGUAAUGUGUUACUAACUUCAUGCCAUGAUGGUGUGUGUCGGCUCUGGGCAGAAACCUUACUACCAGAAGACUGUCUUUUGGGUGAACAGAUUUGUGAGACUACUACCUCCAGCACUGCCAGCACCCUUUCUCAUUCUGGAAGACAUAAAGAUAGAAUACAGCAUGCUCUUGAGACAAUACACCAUUUGAAAAAUCUAAGGAAAGGACAAAGGAGGUCUUCAGUUCUUGUGACUCAUACCGAAUCAGUGCACGACCAGAUGGCAACACAUGAAGUUCAAAGACAUAUUUCCCACCACGCCAACGCACUGUGUCACUUUCACAUCGCCGCCAGCAUUCACCCUGCCACAGAUAUUCCAAAUGCCCUGGUUGGCACUGCAUUUAACAUUGAAGAUGGAAAUGGGGGAUUUGUAGUUCAUUGGCUAAACAAUAAGGAAUUCCAUUUUACAUCAUCGACUGAAAUAUUUAUGUAUCAAUUAAGAAAGCUUUCGGAGAAACAGUUAGAUCAUGAAAGUAAUGAUGCAGAUAGAGAAGACGAGGAGCGUUCACAAGAGGAAAGAGAGAGGGGUUUACGUAUGAAACUGGACCAUGAAUUAUCCCUGGAUAGAGAAUCUGAGGCAGGUACAGGAUCAUCAGAACACGAAGAUGGAGAAAGAGAAGGAAGUCCUAGAACCUAUUCACAACCUAGCAUCCCAAUGCCACUGCCUACAGUCCUUCUUGACCGGAAGAUUGAAAUGCUGCUAUCAGAAUGGAAUAAGAAUCCUGACAUGCUUUUUACAAUUCACCCUGUGGAUGGUACAUUUCUAGUGUGGCAUGUAAAGUAUUUGGAUGAAUAUAAUCCUGGAAUAUUCAGACAAGUCCAGGUUUCUUUUUCUUCUCGGAUUCCUGUUGCGUUUCCCUCUGGUGAUGCCAGCUCUCUUAGUAAAAACAUCAUGAUGUACGCCUGUAUAAAUGCUAUGAAAGAUUCUCACCACACUCCAUCACACCAGGAAAUGAUGCCUGAAGACAGUCCUCAUGGACCACAGCUGCACUCUAGAUCACACAGUACAAAUAUGAACAUUUUAGCUCCAACAGUCAUGAUGGUCUCUAAGCACAUAGAUGGAUCUUUAAAUCAGUGGGCAGUCACUUUUGCAGAUAAGUCUGCCUUCACCACAGUUCUAACUGUAUCCCACAAGUUUCGAUACUGUGGCCAUCGAUUUCAUCUCAAUGACUUGGCAUGUCAUUCAGUUUUACCACUGUUACUGACAUCCUCCCAUCAUAAUGCUUUGUUGACUCCUGAAUCAGAUUGUCAGUGGGACUCAGAUAGUAAUUUAAAUAGAAUAAUAGAUCCUGUGAAACAUACAAAAGCUUUGUCUAAACAACCUAUUAGAAAUGCCGCAACCCGAACGUUUCAUGACCCAAAUGCCAUCUACAGUGAACUUAUUCUGUGGCGUGUAGACCCAAUAGGACCUUUGUCGUACACUGGAGGAGUGUCGGAAUUGGCUAGAAUUAACUCUUUACAUACCUCAGCUUUCUCUAAUGUGGCGUGGCUUCCAACGCUUAUUCCCAGUUAUUGCCUUGGCACAUACUGCAAUUCAGCAAGUGCUUGCUUUGUUGCAUCUGAUGGCAAAAAUCUGAGACUUUAUCAAGCUGUAGUAGAUGCAAGAAAAUUAUUAGAUGAACUGUCAGAUCCAGAAGCUUCUAAACUUAUUGGAGAAGUGUUUAAUAUCGUGAGUCAACAGUCUACUGCUCGACCUGGCUGCAUUAUUGAACUUGAUGCUAUAACUGACCAAUGUGGCUCAAAUACACAGUUGCUUCAUGUGUUUCAAGAAGACUUCAUUAUAGGAUAUAAACCACAUAAGGAAGAUCUGGAGAAAAAGGAAACAGAAGUAUUUUUUCAGCCAUCACAAGGAUAUCGACCACCACCAUUUUCAGAAAAGUUCUUUCUAGUAGUAAUUGAAAAGGACAGGAACAAUUACUCUAUUCUCCAUAUGUGGCACCUUCAUCUUAAAUCUGUGCAAGCAUGUUUAGCAAAAUCUUCAGACAAUGUUUCAUCUGAGAAUCUACUCUCAGUCCCUGGACAGAAGAAUGUGGAGUCGUCUCCAGAAACCUCCCCUAGUAUGAGUCCCAUGCCACAUUCUUCAUCAAUUGCAAAUCUUCAGACUGCUAGCAAACUUAUUCUGAGUUCUCGACUGGUAUAUAGCCAACCCCUGGAUCUCCCCGAAGCGGUUGAAGUAAUAAGAGCAACACCUUCAGCAGGCCAUUUGAGUUCUUCUUCAAUCUAUCCUGUGUGCCUUGCGCCUUAUUUAGUGGUCACAACUUGUUCUGACAAUAAAGUGCGCUUCUGGAAAUGUUGUAUGGAGACCAACCCACAGUGCAAUUCAAGUGAUGAGAAAGAAACCUAUCAUUGGAGGAGAUGGCCCCUUAUGAACGAUGAAGGAGAAGAUAACAGCAGUACAGUGAGCAUUGUAGGAAGACCAGUUGCUGUGAGCUGUUCAUACACAGGUCGCCUCGCAGUGGCUUAUAAGCAGCCUAUGCACCACAAUGGUUUUGUUUCUAAAGAAUUUUCCAUGCAUGUUUGUAUAUUCGAGUGUGAAUCCACUGGAGGGUCAGAAUGGGUUUUAGAACAAACUAUUCAUCUUGAUGAUUUGGUUAAGGUUGGGAGUGUUCUUGACUCACGGGUUAGCGUUGACAGUAAUCUGUUUGUAUAUAGCAAAUCAGAUGCACUUUUAAGCAAGGAUAGGUAUCUUAUUCCAAAUAUCAAGCAUUUAGUACAUUUAGACUGGGUGUCAAAAGAAGAUGGCUCCCACAUUCUCACAGUGGGGGUUGGUGCUAAUAUCUUCAUGUAUGGGAGGCUUUCAGGAAUUGUAACUGAGCAGACCAACAGUAAGGAUGGCGUAGCUGUCAUUACGUUGCCACUAGGUGGUAGUAUUAAGCAGGGGGUUAGGUCAAGAUGGGUUCUUCUUAGAUCUAUAGACUUGGUCUCCUCUGUCGAUGGUACACCUUCACUACCUGUUUCUCUCUCUUGGGUAAGAGAUGGGAUCUUGGUGGUGGGAAUGGAUUGUGAAAUGCAUGUGUAUGCCCAGUGGAAGCAUGCUAUGAAAUUUGGGGACACAGAAGCUGAUAGUCCCAGUGCAGAAGAGACAUUACAAGAACAUUCAGCCUUUAAGUCUAGCAUGUUGGCAAGAAAAAGCAUUGCUGAAGGAACAGCUACUGCUGACGACGUGUUUUGCUCACCAACUGUAGUUCAAGAUGGUGGCUUGUUUGAGGCUGCCCAUGUACUUUCUCCUACUCUGCCACAGUAUCAUCCAACUCAGUUGUUGGAAUUGAUGGAUUUAGGGAAAGUGCGGAGGGCUAAAGCCAUCCUCUCUCAUUUAGUAAAAUGCAUUGCAGGUGAAGUUGCAAUAGUUAGAGACGCCGAUGCUGGAGAAGGAACUAAGCGACAUCUUUCUCGAACCAUUAGUGUAAGUGGCAGUACAGCAAAAGAUACGGUCACCAUAGGAAAAGAUGGUACUCGAGAUUACACCGAGAUAGAUUCUAUUCCUCCGCUGCCACUAUAUGCAUUACUUGCUGCAGAUCAGGAUACAUCCUACAGAAUUUCAGAAGAGAGUACAAAGAUGCCUCCAAGCUAUGAAGAUCAUACUGAAAAUCAGCCAGAGGAUCAGUAUUCAGAGCUGUUUCAAAUCCAAGAUAUAACAACGGAUGAUAUUGAUUUAGAGCCAGAAAAGAGAGAAAAUAAGUCAAAAGUAAUAAAUCUUUCUCAGUAUGGGCCAGCUUACUUUGGCCAGGAACAUGCUAGGGUACUUUCAAGUCACCUUAUGCACUCAAGUUUACCAGGCCUUACCCGCUUGGAGCAGAUGUUCCUUGUUGCACUGGCGGAUACAGUGGCUACCACCAGUACUGAGCUUGAUGAAAACAGAGAUAAGAAUUACUCAGGAAGAGACACCUUAGACGAAUGUGGUUUGAGAUACUUGUUAGCUAUGCGCUUGCACACAUGCCUUUUAACAUCCCUGCCUCCUUUAUACCGGGUACAGCUACUUCAUCAAGGUGUGUCCACCUGCCAUUUUGCUUGGGCUUUUCAUUCUGAAGCUGAGGAAGAACUGAUUAAUAUGAUUCCAGCAAUUCAGCGCGGAGACCCUCAGUGGUCUGAGUUAAGAGCUAUGGGAAUAGGUUGGUGGGUGAGGAAUAUUAACACCCUUCGAAGAUGUAUGGAGAAGGUUGCCAAAGCUUCUUUUCAGAGGAACAAUGAUGCCUUAGAUGCUGCAUUAUUCUACCUUUCCAUGAAGAAGAAAGCAGUGGUGUGGGGUCUGUUUAGGUCACAACAUGAUGAAAAAAUGACAACGUUUUUCAGCCACAACUUUAAUGAAGACAGGUGGCGUAAAGCUGCUUUGAAGAAUGCUUUUUCUUUGCUUGGAAAACAACGCUUUGAACAAUCUGCUGCUUUUUUCUUAUUGGCCGGCUCAUUGAAAGAUGCCAUUGAGGUAUGUCUUGAAAAGAUGGAAGACAUUCAGCUAGCCAUGGUUAUUGCCCGUUUAUAUGAAUCAGAAUUUGAAACUUCAUCCACUUACAUAUCUAUCUUGAACCAGAAGAUUUUGGGUUGCUCUAAGGAUGGCUCAGGAUUCAAUUGCAAACAAUUACAUCCUGACCCUUUUCUGCGUAGUCUUGCUUACUGGGUAAUGAAAGAUUACACUCGGGCCUUGGACACAUUAUUGGAACAAACGCCAAAGGAGGAUUCUGAACAUCAAGUUAUCAUCAAAUCUUGUAACCCCGUGGUGUUCAGUUUUUACAACUAUCUUCGAACACAUCCUUUACUUCUUCGAAGAAAUCUUGCUUCUCCUGAAGGAACUUUGGCAACCUUAGGUCUCAAAACUGAGAAAAACAUUGCUGAUAAGAUUAACCUCAUAGAAAGAAAAUUAUUCUUUACCACUGCAAAUGCUCAUUUUAAAGUUGGAUGCCCUGUUUUAGCCCUAGAAGUACUUUCCAAAAUUCCCAAAGUAACCAAAAUAUCUUCCUUACCUGAAAAAAAGGAUCAGCCUGAUGUCUUUUCUAAAAAGAUAGAUGAUGGGCCUUCAGGAUCAGUAGCUCUGAGAGAUGGCACAGGAAAUUCUGGCACUGAUUGGUCAGCUCUAACUUCUUCACAGUUCGACUGGAGCCAGCCAAUUGUUAAAGUUGAUGAGGAACCUCUUAAUCUUGAUUGGGGUGAAGAUCACAAUGAUGUCUCAGAAGAGGAUGAAGAUGCUGUUGGUUUAGUCAUGAAAAGCUCAGAUACCAGGGGAAAAGAUGGACAAGAUCAGAAGGCCUCAGAUCCUAACAUGUUAUUGACCCCUCAGGAAGAGGAUUAUCCUGAACAUGAUACUGAGGUUGAUGUGAUUGCUGAACAGUUAAAAUUCAGGGCUUGCUUAAAGAUCCUAAUGACUGAACUGAGAACUUUGGCUACAGGUUAUGAAGUGGAUGGAGGAAAGCUCAGAUUUCAACUUUACAACUGGCUUGAAAAGGAAAUUGCUGCCCUGCAUGACAUAUGUAAUCAUGAGGCAGUUAUUAAAGAAUAUUCCAGUGAAAUGUAUUCUAAAUUAGAGAGUGAUCUUUUGGAUCAGGAAGAAAUGAUGGACAAACCAGACAUUGGCUCCUAUGAGCGCCACCAAAUAGAAAGACGAAGAUUACAAGCUAAACGAGAACAUGCAGAAAGGCGAAAGCUGUGGUUGCAGAAGAACCAGGACCUUUUAAGAGUGUUUCUUAGUUAUUGUAGCCUUCAUGGGGCCCAAGGUGGUGGGCUGGCCUCAGUAAGAAUGGAACUGAAAUUUUUGUUACAAGAAUCACAACAGGAAACUACAGUAAAACAGCUCCAGUCUCCACUGCCAUUGCCUACUACUCUCCCUCUGCUUUCAGCAAGUAUUGCUUCGACAAAAACAGUCAUCGCUAAUCCUGUCUUAUACUUAAAUAACCACAUUCAUGAUAUUCUUUAUACUAUUGUUCAGAUGAAAACACCACCUCAUCCCACUGUUGAAGACGUGAAGGUGCACACACUUCAUUCAUUAGCCGCAUCACUCUCUGCGUCCAUUUACCAAGCGUUAUGUGACAGUCAUAGCUACAGUAGUCAAACAGAAGGAAAUCAGUUCACAGGAAUGGCUUAUCAAGGACUUCUUUUAAGUGAUCGUCGAAGACUCAGGACAGAAAGCAUAGAAGAACAUGCAACGCCAAAUUCAUCUCCUGCUCAGUGGCCUGGUGUGAGUUCGCUUAUUAAUCUCUUGAAUUCAGCCCAAGAUGAAGACCAGCCAAAAUUGAAUGUUUUGUUGUGUGAAGCAGUUGUUGCUGUUUACUUAAGUUUAUUGAUCCAUGCCCUUGCCACAAAUUCCUCCAAUGAGUUGUUUCGGCUUGCAGCCCACCCAUUAAAUAACCGAAUGUGGGCUGCUGUUUUUGGAGGGGGCGUGAAGCUUGUUGUAAAGCCUCGAAGACAAUCAGAAAACAUUUCGGCACCUCCUGUUCCUUCUGAAGACAUAGAUAAACACCGGAGGAGAUUUAACAUGCGAAUGCUGGUCCCUGGAAGGCCUGGAAAAGAUGCCACCCCACCACCAGUGCCUGCAGAAAGACCGUCUUACAAAGAAAAGUUUAUCCCUCCAGAACUUAGUAUGUGGGAUUACUUUGUUGCCAAGCCAUUUCUUCCUCUGUCUGAUAGUGGUGUGAUAUAUGAUUCUGAUGAAAGCAUUCACAGUGAUGAUGAAGAUGAUGAUGCCUUUUUUUCAGACAUACAAAUACAGGAACACCAGGAUCCAAAUUCCUACAGCUGGGCUCUUAUGCACUUGACAGUGGUUAAGCUGGCGCUUCACAAUGUCAAGAAUUUCUUUCCCAUUGCUGGACUGGAAUUCUCUGAGCUACCUGUAACGUCACCAUUAGGUAUUGGUGUGAUUAAGAACUUGGAGAACUGGGAACAGAUCCUGCAGGAGAAAAUGGAUCAGUUUGAAGGCCCACCCCCCAACUAUGUCAACACGUAUCCAUCUGACCUCUCAGUAGGAGCUGGACCAGCUAUCCUUCGGAAUAAAGCAAUGCUAGAACCUGAAAAUACUCCAUUCAAGUCCCGAGAUUCUUCUGCACUUCCAGUCAAGAGACUUUGGCAUUUCCUAGUUAAACAAGAAAUCCUCCAAGAGACAUUUAUUAGAUACAUUUUCACCAAGAAAAGAAAACAGAGCGAGUCUGUAGAAGAACAUGUGGAGCAGGUCAAACAAAACCACGUAUCAGAGGAUUGCCACAUCAAGGUUGAAGCUGAUCUGGGUUAUCCUGGCGGAAAGGCAAAGGUCAUUCAUAAGGAAUCUGACAUGAUCAUGGCAUUUUCUGUUAAUAAGGCAAACUGCAACGAAAUUGUUUUGGCUUCCACACACGAUGUUCAAGAACUUGAUGUCACUUCUCUCCUGGCCUGUCAAUCUUAUAUAUGGAUUGGAGAAGAAUAUGACCGAGAAUCUAAAAGCUCAGAUGAUGUUGAUUACCGAGGUUCCACCACUACGCUGUAUCAAGCCAGCACAGCUUCCCAUUCCCAGGUGCAUCCCCCUUCAUCUCUGCCCUGGUUAGGUAGCGGACAGACCAGCACCGGAGCCAGUGUGCUUAUGAAAAGGAACCUACACAAUGUUAAGAGAAUGACAUCCCACCCUGUCCAUCAAUACUAUCUUACAGGUGCUCAGGAUGGCAGUGUCCGAAUGUUCGAAUGGACACGACCUCAGCAACUUGUCUGCUUCCGUCAAGCUGGCAAUGCAAGAGUUACUAGAUUAUAUUUUAACUCACAGGGUAACAAGUGUGGUGUUGCAGAUGGAGAAGGGUUUCUGAGUAUCUGGCAAGUGAACCAGACUUCAGCUAAUCCUAAACCUUACAUGAGCUGGCAGUGCCACAGUAAAGCCGCAAGUGACUUUGCAUUUAUUACCUCUUCAAGUCUAGUUGCAACGUCUGGACAGUCCAAUGACAAUAGAAAUGUAUGCCUCUGGGACACGCUGAUAUCACCUGCCAACAGCCUCAUUCAUGGUUUUACAUGCCACGAUCACGGGGCCACAGUUCUUCAGUAUGCGCCCAGGCAGCAGCUCCUCAUCUCAGGGGGGAGAAAAGGCUACAUCUGCAUCUUUGACAUCCGACAGCGCCAGCUGAUCCACACAUUCCAGGCGCACGACUCGGCCAUCAAGGCCUUGGCGCUGGACCCUUGUGAGGAGUACUUCACUACAGGUUCCGCGGAGGGGAACAUGAAGGUGUGGAGAUUGUCAGGCCACGGCCUGAUCCACUCGUUCAGGAAUGAGCAUGCCAAGCAGUCCAUCUUCAGAAACCUCGGGGCAGGGGUCAUGCAGAUCGACAUCAGCCAGGACGGCCGGCUCUUCUCCUGCGGCGCCGACGGCACACUGAAAACCAGGGUUCUCCCCAAUGCUUUCAACAUCCCCAAUAGAAUCCUCGACAUCCUCUAGUCACACAAAGCAUUAAUCUAAGAACACAAAACAGGAAUCCGGCCCUGCUGCUUUCCAGGCAGUCGUUCCCACACUGUGUAGAAGUUGAGUGAGGCCCCAGCCGAGCGACCCCGCGCUCGGUAGGCAGAGCACACGCGCAUGCUCCUCGUUACUCUCACCUACCCAACCCAACCUGCAUUGUGUGAGGGAAGCUCCUCUUCGCAGCAUUCAGAAAACCUGAUUGAGAAAGCAUUGGAGGUGAGCUCGCAGUUGAAAGGCGGUGAGGGACCUUUGCACCAAAUCAAGGAAGAGAUUGCUACUGAUUCAGGUUCUCCCUGUCUUCCAUGGCGAAGCAUGCUGCCGCCCUCCCGCCCUCACGGGGACAGCCCCGAGGCGGCCGAUGCUCAGAGACACUUCCCUACUGCACAGCGACCAGGUCCCUCCAGUCCUCCUCCUUAGUGUCUCCACUGAGCUAGUACUGUAACUUGCAAAUGAGUGCAAAUUUAAAUGCAAUGUUUCCUCAUGAUUUGCACAUUCACAUGUUCUGGACUGCUAGUGUUUUUUUAUUUAAAUAUCUGCCUUCAUGUUAGGAAUGUAACAUGUGAACAUGACAUAUUUGUAGUUAACCAAACAUGCUUUCCUAGUCCAGUUUAGUACUUUUUCCUUUUUACGUACUCAAGGUUAGCUACAACAUUGAAGGCUCUGUUGAAGCUACGCCAGUAGAACAUUUCAUAUCAAUUAAAAUGAAUGUUAGGCUUUUGUGGCCAGUUGAUGAGAUUGGUGAUAUUAUUUAUUGCCACAGCCUAUUGUAUAAACUAUGCAGAGUUAACUAUUAUUUGCUUGUAAAAUAUUAGCAAGUAUCAUCAAAUACUUUGAUGGAUUUCCUUGGUUAUAUCCAAAAGCUGUUGUUGAGAUAUUGAAGCCAAUGUCUAUGUGUGUUUAAAUGUUACCAGCAAAUUGUCUCAUCAUGUUAAUGAAGGUGUUCAAUGCCUGUGCAGUAAACAGUGAACUAUAAUGGUAUAAAAGCACCUUUCUCUGAAGGCAAUGUGAUGUUCAUGCUGUGAAAUACCUGUGUAAAAGAGAAAUAAAUGUUAUUUGUUUGGAGUUUUA